CCCAACUUCAACUCCAACACCUCAACUCAUUCAAGAAACUCCUACACUACUUCCAAGGAACUCAUAUGCCUCUCACUCGCAGGCACAAUUAAAUUACCCUUUCCAAAUUUACAAAAUGAACACAUCACAAUUAACAAUGUCGAGCUCGGAGGAAGUUGAAGAGGUUCUUCCAGCCUUUGUGUCUGCUAUUAGCAACCCGUCACCCCUUAUAUACUUCCACCAUGUCAUCGACCCUGAAACCACGAAGCUUACAGUUCAAGUACUCGGGGCUAAUAUCUCCUUCGUCUUCAGCCAUCGUCGAGCAAAAGCCAUUAACAGUAGAUCUACUAUUGAAGAACAACUCGAAAACAAAACCACAGGGUUCAUUUCCAUUAUAUCUGCAAAAUCUCAGCGUGUUGUCUUAGCGGCAGCUGAAUCAGGUCAUGGUCUUGGACGAUAUGGCGAUGUUCUGGACAAGAAGAAAGGCGUUCUUCCAAAUAGUAUUUGGACAAGGCGAGUCGUGGCCAUGGGUAAGACCCUUGGUUUGAACAUGAGAAGACCGUUUGACAACCCUGGCCGAAUAGCUGGAAACACUGAGGGUAUCUUUCUCGGUUCUCACGUUGAAGUCAAACUCGCAGUUCACGGUAUUUGCGUUCUUCUUCAGACUUUCGGGAUCACAAGAGACUUUAACAACGUCACUAUGAAGCAACUGAACCAACUUCGACAAGCUCGCUGGGAAGAUGGAUCUCGUCCCGUUUUCGAAGUGUAUUUCUCCCGAAAGUUCUGCAAACCCUGCAAGUCUCUUGUACAGAAAUUGCAAGAUGCCACUGGGGUUACGAUCAGACUUGUAUGGAAGCACCGCCUCGUGAUGAAGAAAUACAUCAUCAGACCAAUAGAUCGAAAUCGAAAACCUGGCGAGCCUCUACGAGCACAAGAGUUUGAGCCUCAAGACUACGACUUUGGAGAUAUCCUGCCUGAUGAUUCUGACAUAGAAGUCAUAUCCGACGAUGAGGGUCCCAAAGAAGAGGUUGACCAGAUUGACCUUACCCAUAUUCGAUCGACAUCACCAAUUUCAUGGAAUCAAGAGAUCGAUGAUUAUCUGGAUGGUCUCGCUUAUAGAGUAGGCCAGAUGGAAGACAGUGCCGAGGGUGCCAGAUCAGCUAUCGUCGAGUUUGCCAGUAUUAGAGUCAACGCCAAGAAGUCUCUCAAUGCUACAAAAGUCAGCAAACCACUCCCAGCGACGCCGGUUAUAGAAGCACCUGCGGACUUCCUCGAGGGUGACGAGCGGCAGCGACAACGACAUACGUUUCCUCGUGCACAGAAAAGACUGUUCCGUGGAUCACGCGAUAAGAAUGACUCUAGAGCAAGGAGUGCUUCUCCUCUUAGACGCCAGGCAAAGCCAGUCAGAGACCGCUCACCACGACGAUACAAUUUGGGAGCAUUGGGACGCUAUUCAACCGAGGCUCCUCAAGAGUGAGCUUUGGCCAAAGCCAGUUCACCAUCUCGCUCUAUUCGCUGAUUCAAUGUGAUCAAACCGAACAAAGGGUGUUUUACGAGAGCCCUAUGCAGAUCAAGCAGACUACCACUAUCCGAGUGCUGUUGAAGGACACAGAAAUUCUGUCAAGGCGUCAUUCAAUUUUGGAAGGCCGAAGCCAACAAUGUCUGUGUCAGAUGAAGAAUCUACCGUACUUCUCAAACCACGAAGGAGGAUACUGCAAGGAUCUAUCACGAAAAGGGGA